AGAUAAAGAGCAUGCACCAGACGUUCUCGUUCGACUCACUCACGACAUCAUCACGUGUUAGCUUAUUAAUGUGAUUAAUAUCCAUUUUCGGUUAGGUUAUUAUAUGGUGCUGACUUGUACACGAUAGCUUGCCCACGCUCUCGACCGGCUCUCUCUUCCAUCCAUACACUCUUCGAGUUCAUACCUGUUGGCUACAUUUAGUUCACUGGACGUCUUACUGUCAAGACGGAAGACAAAAAAAAGCUUCUCUCCACAGAUCCGUUUCAUCACCUCCUUAGAGACAUGAGUUUUUGUACUGAAUUGACACUGGAGCGCCUUACACUAUAUACAACAGUUAGUUUAUUGCUACUGUGUAGUAUAUGCCGGACGGAUGCAACAGAACAUUUUGUCAGUCAACCGAUGGAUUUGUACGAAGAUUAUGGUUUUGAAGUCGAAGAAAUGCCCGACAGAAAGCCUUCAUUUCCCAAAACGAUACACGACAAUGGAAUGCUGCAUCUUGUACUUCACUAUCUUGCAGUGAAAGUAAUCGGCGAGAUACAGUCAGAGGGCCACAUCAAGCUCAGCAAAAGACAAGGGGAGAUUUUACAUGAGAAGAUCACCGGCUUCUAUGAUGAGAUCCUGAAACAUCCGGCACUGAACAACAAUCGGAUAGCCUUCAGCAAGACCAAACCUGACUUUGCCAAAUACUGGCCUGAAAGUUCAGAAGACUACCCCGACAAUCGGGAGAAGAGAACAGCCAGUGGGCGCCUGACUGAGAUAUGCGCCAGCGAUAGUGGAUGGCAGGAGGAGGUCCAAGGAAUCACACGAACUCACCAGGUCGUCAACCUCCAUCCCGACCAGCAUUUUUAUGUCACAAAGUGUCGCAAUAACGGAGAACGGUGCAACCACAUGUCAAUCAGAAUAACGUCCGAGUGUAAAUCCCGUUCGUCGUGGACGAUUGCUUACGUUGAAGACGACACCGUAGGAGGUUACAAGUGGGAGUGGAUUGCGAUAGAAACUUGCUGCAGCUGUGCUGCGAGUUACUAGCACCAGGAAAAGGUUGUUUUAUCAAACAAUAUGGCCAGUAAAAACAACCCUAACCAAACAUAAUAAAGAAACGAAAACAAGAACAACAUUCCUUAAAGUGCAACCUUAAAGUAAAAUGCCUCAAUGGGAAAUGUAUCUUUAAAAGGGACAUAUUUAUUAUUUUGUACAAAAUAAUCACGGUACUAAAGGCACGGACGUUUCUCUACUCCUCCGAAUUAUUUGUUGCUAUUUAUGACGUCAAAAUACGUAUCGCAUUCUCGCGUUCGCAGGGAGUAUGCACCGGGCUUUAGGCUUGUGUUAGUACGUAAUGUGUUAAUUGCGCAACUACACUUUUUCGCCUAUGCAUUGAUAUUUCUCUAUAGCGCAGUUUAGGAGUUGUGAUACGGGGUUUAGUAAUAAGCCAUUUUGAAGCAUGGUGGACACAAUACUACAUCACUUCUAGGUUUGGAUAAGUUUGUCUCAGUAUAACCUCAAACCCCACAGUACACUCCUAUAUAGUGUCCACCAUAUCCAAAAAGGAUUCUUGGUAAGAUUUUCUGGGAAAUGAGUUUUGUAUUAUUUUUUUGUCUCUGAUUAAAUUUAGACAGAUGGCGCUGUUUCAAAA